AAUCGUGGUGGUGGGAAUUCGAAGACUUUUGAUAGCGUACGAUCUCACCAGCAAACUUGCUGCCAUGUAUUAAAUGACACGGAGCCACGUUCACGUUAGAGCUUCAGUUUAGAUCUUGGUACCGGACUGAACUGACCCCUCAACAUGCGGACGUUUGUAUUAUUUUCUCUCGUUGCACUCGCAAUUUGUGCAAAAACCAUGGCUGAGGAAGGCGAAGUAACUCCCCUUCAAACCAUAGCUCAAACCACUUACGGGUUUGGCUGUGACUUUUUGAAGACUGUGGCAAAGACCAACAAUGGCAACCUGAUCACCUCACCAUUGAGCGCACAAGUUAUCCUUGCCAUGACUUAUUUCGGAGCAGGAGGAAAUACUGCAACACAAAUGCGCAGCAGUCUUCAUAUGCCGGUAGAUGACCAGCGUUCCCAAAAUGGCUUUAAGGAACUCAUCACUACAUUAAAUAACGUGAAUAGCGUUACACUUCAUCUGGCUAAUAAGAUGUUCGUUCGGGAUGGAUUUACUGUAGCACCCGCAUUCAAGGCCAUUACCGCGAAUCAUUUUCUGUCAGAAUGCCAAUCACUCAAUUUUGCUGAUUCGGCCGCUUCUGCAGGCACGAUCAACGCUUGGUGCGAAGAAAAAACCAACAACCGUAUCAAGGAUGUAAUAAAACCAGAUAGCCUCACCUCAGACACAGCAAUGGUUCUCGUCAACGCAGUUUACUUCAAAGGUGAGUGGGACAGGAAAUUCAAUGUAGAAAACACCCAGGAUAGACCUUUCCACGUUGAUGAACAUACCACAAAGAACGUACCAACAAUGUACAUCAAACAUAAUUUCCGAUAUGGAAAUAUUCCUGAUCUCGACGCCAAAUUUCUGGAAAUACCAUACAAGGGCAAGGAGAUGAGCAUGGUGAUAAUAUUGCCGAAUACCAUCAAUGGACUAUCACAAGUUACUGAGCGCCUUGGUUCAGUCGAUAUGCCGCAACUUUUGAAACGUUCUUGGGCCAGUCCAGUCGAAGUGUAUCUACCAAAGUUCAAGUUUGAAACUUCCUUGGAUCUUAAAGAAACUCUGGAGCAGAUGGGAAUGGUUGAUAUGUUCAGUAACGCCGCUAACUUUUCUGGAAUUUCUGAUAUACCACUUAAAGUGAGCAAAGUUAUACAAAAGGCGUUCAUCGAAGUUAACGAGGAGGGUAGUGAGGCAGCCGCAGUUACCGUGGGUGUUCAGAAACUAAGCUUGCAGGCGUUCAUUCAACGGCCCGUGACGACUUUUAGGAUCGAUAGAUCGUUUUUAUUUAGCGUAUUAAAAAAAUCAACUAAUACCAUCACAUUUAUUGGUUACAUACGAAAGCUUCAUUAAAUUUAUCAUUCUGUAAAAUAAUUUUUUUUUUACUUGGAAUUUUUUUCUCCUCUAUUAGUCAAUUAAUAAUGAGUAAUUUCAUAUCGAGGGUUGUAAGCAUGAAAUAUAUUUUUUAGGAAAAAAAAAUAAAUACAGUAAUCAAUAAGUAAAUUAAAUAGUUGAUAUUCUUAAUUUAUAGAAAAUAAUUUCACAUCAGAUUCAUCGAUAUGGAUAUAUAUCUAUGAUUAUAGCUGUUUACUUACAUAGUUUCUUAAAUAUGCUGUGCAACUGAGAAGCCUUUUUUUCCUGCAACAGUGCAUGUUGAUAAUGUUCUAUAACUUUUUUUUAAAUUUUGCUAUUGUUAUUUCUUUUUUCUAAUUUAAUACAACUGUAAAUUUAUUUCACCGUUCAAGAUAAUCGCAUAAACCCGAUAACAAUUUUGUAUGUGAGCAUGUUAUUUGCACUUUGAUUUGCACCUUGCAUCGAAUCUUAUAAUUCGCACGCAUGAAAAAACCAAAUUCCAUGGUAUAAUAAUUAAUUACCUAAUUAAUCGUACGUAAUGUUCAGCGGACUGUGUUAUAUGUCCGAUGUUUUUUAUUCAUUAAUUCUCUUUCUGAGGCUCACUCGCAUGUAAAGCAAAAAAGAAGAAAAUCGAAAGCUAAUUUGUCUUUGCAAAAAUAACAUAUGAUACAAAUUUCGAAAUUGAGCGGUUUCGAAUUUUUCGAAUUCGAGGUAAAAAUAUUCAAUUUCUCCGAUUCUAACGUGAUUGCGAGAAAACAUCGUAUCGAGGGUUGAAAUUAAGAAA